AUGGCUUCCAACACCUCGCCUGCCAGCGCUGUCGGAUCAGAGAGAGCAGCUGCUUCAGCACCAGUGUCUGCUGCUCAGACUGCCAGACACACGGCAGCUUUAGCAAGGCUUUGCGCACCACGAAAGCCUCAAGACGUCGCUGCACAGGCUUCCCCACACUCUCCUCCCAAGCAAGCAAUACUGCCUGGAGGAACAGAUCCGUCGCAACAACAGCAGCAAGAGGAACGAUUGCCGCAAGAGCAAGCCUGCGGCUCCGAAGCUUCAACUGCAGCAGGAGGCAUGGCAACGGCUAGUGGCUCUGCAUCUGCAAGGGGGAUGGUGCAAAGGAGGAGGCGAAGCUUUCAAGCAGCAGCACCAACAUUAUCCUCCUCCACACAACAACAACAACAACAACAACCACCAGCAGCAGCAACAACAUUAUCCUCCUCCACACAACAACAGCAACCACCACCAGCAGCAGCAGCAACAUUAUCCUCCUCCACACAACAACAGCAACCACCAGCAGCAGCAGCAGCAGCAACAUCCUUCGUGGAGUCGUCAUUCUUUCCCUCGCUGGAUCAAACGCGCAGCACCAGAGAAGCUCCAGAGGCUUACGCAGCUGCCGCUGUUGCUGCUGCCGCUGCAACGGAACCGUCUCGGGGGGAGGUUCUCGCUGCCUCCUCUUACUGCAAUGCUCAGCGGCGGAGAAGUUCUCCCAGUGCACAGACACCCCCCGCAACGCUGCGUUUCGCAGCUACCGCCGACGGAUUCGCGCUGCGUGCAAGAGCUGGCAGUUCAGGAGCCGCUACAAUCGAAACAGCAGAAGCUGUGAUACCAGCAGAGCUGAGAGGCGUCCAGGGGUUCUUGAAAGAGGAGGAUGAUCGGCGGAUGGCUUCCGCUGGAAGCAAGCAGCUGGCUCUAGCAGGAGCAGCUUGCAGCAUUUCCUACGGGAAGGAGUCUCCAUCGAGGUGCUCAGCGGAGGCGCGUGCUUCGAAUAUGACGUCUGAAGAGACUCCCCCCACGAGACGUAUCCUGGGGAGAACUCCCCCCACUGAAUUCCGUGCAGAGAAUCAUCGCUCGUCGGGAAAUCUUUUGAAGGGGCCUGACAUGCUGCUUUCUUGGUGCAGUAUCUGUCCUGAGUGCGCUGCGUUUUACAGGGAAGCUUAG